GAGUACGCGGACGAACACCGAAUGGAAACCGAACCCGAGAUCGUCAAGCUAUCACGGUUUCUAAUGCGCGAAGGGGACCUGGCGAUCCGGUAUUUGCACUCGGCCGCAAAAGAAACAGCGCCAGCGAGGCACGACCCUAAGCCCCGCCCACCGCGUACGCGCCGCCCCGAACGUAAGAACGUAUACAACGCCACCGCGGAAAACAAGGAGCCAAGUAUUCGGAAAUCGGUUUGCCUUUGUUGCGGCGGCAAUCACUCGGUCCCGCGGUGUUGGAAAUUCUCCAGCAUGACGGUGGAGGACCGUUGGAAGUGGGCCAAGGAGGCGUACGUGUGCUUCAAGUGCCUAGUGGAGAAACAUCGCCGCUUCAACUGUAAGGCGAAGUCGUGCGGAGUCGACAGUUGUGACUCCCCGCACCACGCUUUGUUGCACACGCAGCGUAAACCGGUAUCGAAACCCGAGACACCGAAGGUCGAGACGGUUCUCAAUACAUCGGUGUUAGUCAAAGAGAACAGCGGAUCGGUCUUGCUGAAGGUGUGUCCAGUUAGCGUGAUAGGGCCUAACGGGCAACGCGCGAAUACGUACGCUCUACUUGACGAGGGAUCGACCGUCACUUUGAUAGAUGCGGAAAUAGCGGACCGCAUAGGGGCCGACGGGCCCACGCGAAAACUUCGUAUUCACGGACUAGGGUCUAGUCAGAGCGAACCGACUAGUAAGGCCGUAGAGUUAAGUAUAUGCGGAAAGUCGGGUGAAAGUCACAAAGUUAUUGCGCGAACCGUAAAUAACUUGAAAUUAGCGAGACAGACUAUAGACUCGUCGUGCUUAGAAUAUGCGCACUUACGAGGUCUCGAUAGGUCGGAAGUUUGUUAUAAUAACAUAAAACCAGGCAUCUUGGUAGGGGCCGAUAACUGGCACUUGAUCGUGUCGCGCCAGUUAUUGGUAGGAGGGCGCCGCGAACCGGUCGCUUCCCUCACGAGCUUGGGCUGGACGGUACACGGAACGGUACCGAAAGUUAUUAACUCGACCGCGAACGAAAACGUCUUUCACGCAUAUACGUACCGAGCAGACAUAUCGCGCACUUGUAACGAUCUCGACGAACGGCUCGAGGAUCGUAUGAAACAACACUUCGCUAUAGAUAGUAUAGGGAUUUCUAAAAUAGCGAAGCCAUCGCGCAGCGAAGAAAGAGCGCUCGACAUAUUCACGCGAACCGCGAAGCGAAUAGGCCACCAGUUCGAGGUAGGACUGCCGUGGAAAGACGACGUAGUUGUCAUGCCGCCGAGCUACGAUAUGGCGCUCCGCAGGCUGCGAACGAUCGAACGGAAAAUGGACGCGUCGCCGGAAUUUAAACACAAAUGGCCAACGGAACGCGAGGAGUCUGUCGCGACUGAGGACGAGGUAGUCGUGUCGUACGCAAACGAGAAGGGCAGUUUCGAUCACUUGCCCGACAUAGACCGGUUUUCUAGUUACGAAAGACUCAUUAGGACCACGGCACGAGUAUUGGCAUUCGUAGAUAUGUGUAGAAGACGCGCGAACCGCGUCGAGUUACGACACGUACAGGAGGCCGAACGUCUGUGGCUAUUGAAAUCACAGCGCGACGAUUUCAACGAGGAAAUCGCAUGCCUUGCGCGUAAGAAACCGUUGCCGCGCAGCAGCAAGCUGUUUAAGUUAGACCCCGUGAUAGGAACGGACGGGAUCGUGCGCGUGAACGGUCGUAUAAAUGCAGCGCAAAUCGAACAGUCGGUCAAGUCGCCCGCGGUUUUGGACGGACGGAACGUGUUCACUCGACUCUGUAUCGACAACAUACAUAGGCGUUCCGGACACGGCGGGCGCGAGCGCGUCGCGAACGACGUAAGACAGACGUACUAUGUGCUAAGAUUACGCUCGACCGUGCGUACGGUGUUACACGGGUGCACCUUCUGUCGUCUCAAAAAAGUUACGCCGUUCGUGCCGGCGUUCGGAGACUUACCCGCUGCGAGACUAGACGCGUAUAGCCCACCGUUUAGCAAUUGCGGAGUAGACUAUUUUGGACCGAUGAUAGUCACGAUAGGUAGGCGCCACGAAAAACGCUGGGGCGCAUUAUUCACUUGUCUAACUACGCGCGCGGUGCAUUUAGAACUCGCCGCGUCAUUGACCACGGAUUCGGCAAUAAUGGCCUUGCGCAGAAUGGCCGCACGACGCGGCUGGCCGCGAGUUAUAUACAGCGAUAACGGGACAAACUUUAGAGGCGCUGAUGCCGAGCUACGAGCAGCUAUGAGGGAAUGGGAGCCCGAGCUCCGCGAAUUUGCAUUAACGCAGCGCGUGGACUGGCGAUAUAUCGACCCCGGCGCGCCGAACCAAGGGGGCGCGUGGGAACGAUUAGUGCGAUCGGUAAAAACUGCGUUAUCAGUCACCUUACACGAUAGAGCGCCGAAAGAGGAAGUUUUGUUGACCUUGCUCGCGGAAGCAGAAUAUACUAUAAACGCGCGUCCGCUUACUCACGUAUCGGUAGAUCCGGCCGAGCCCGAAGCGCUCACACCAAACCACUUCUUGCUUGGGCAACCGAACGUACUGCCCAUUAACGGAACGUAUGGCCGCGCGGGGAAGUAGUCAAAAUCUACCCGGGCCCCGACGGCACAGUUAGGAGCGUAGAAGUUAGGACACGGGGUGGUAUUUUUAGGCGUCCGGCGCGUAAGUUGGCCGUCCUCCCCAAGUGAUUAGGCUAGGUUUUGUUUGUUUUUUAUUUACACGUAGGAUAAGUUUUGAGUUGAUUGUUUACUGCCUAGAUCGUUUGUUUUUCUUUAUUUCUAUUUUAUUCUUUUAUUGUUUACCUAGCCUUAGCUCGUAAGACUACGCUGAGGGGAGAAUGUUACGGACGGCCGUGCGCGCCUGGCCGGUCAGAGCUGAAGUUCAGACGAGAAUGAUUAAUUCAAGAGCUCUGAUUGGCCGAGCGGCGUAGCGACCCAUUGAUAGGACCGGCACGAUGUGGGAGACAUCGUGCCGGUAUAAAUAUAAGCUAGUUUUAGUUUGUACGC